GUCCGGCGCCGACUAUGUUCACCCUCCCCAAAUCUAUGCCUUCCCGACCCCUCCUCUCCUUUCCCCUGUUUUCGUCCCUCUCUGGCUUCGCCUUCUCGUUUCCUUCUCAAGCGAGAUCGAGAGGAACCAUCUUUACCGUGAGAUUCUACAGUUGGUGCAGCUAAACAGAAGAAGUUUCUGGAGUCAUGCAAUUAUGCUAAAAAGAAUUUGACCCUAGAAUCAUCUCGCAUCCAUGGAAGAGGAGAAUGUUCUGGAGCUUCUGCAGCGCUAUCGACGUGAUCGCCACAUACUUCUUAAUUAUAUUCUUUCAGGUAGCUUGAUCAAGAAAGUUGUACUUCCACCAGGUGCAAUUUCCUUGGAUGAUGUAGAUAUAGAUCAAGUCAGUGUUGAUUAUGUUCUUAACUGCACCAAGAAAGGCGAAACACUUGAUCUCUCGGAAGCCAUUAGGCUUUAUCAUGACAGUCUUGACUAUCCUGCAACGAGUAAUAUUGGGCCCGAGAAAGAAUUCUUUUUGGUCACAAAUCCUGAAUCUUCUGGGUCACCGCCAAGUCGGGCACCACCUUCUAUUCCAGUUGCUACAUCAUCAUGUAUUGUGUCAAAUGUGUCACAACCAGAGUCAUUUGAGCCUCCACAUGAUCAAGAAUUAACUGUAGAUGAUAUUGAUGACUUUGAGGAUGACGAAGAAGAGGAAGAAGUUGAUAGUCUCAGGAAUUCUAGACCGCAGCCAAGUGAUGUUGGUGAUAUUUCUCCGCGGUUGCCUUUAUUUGCGACAGGUAUUACUGAUGAUGAUCUUCGAGAAACUGCCUAUGAGAUCCUCGUAGCUUCUGCUGGUGCAUCAGGGGGUCUCAUAGUACCAUCGAAAGAAAAAAAGAAAGAGAAGAAGUCCAAAUUGAUGAGGAAGCUUCGUCAUAGUAAGAACGAAAGCAUUGUAUCCCAAUCUCCACGUGCUGCUGGAUUAGUAGGUCUGUUAGAGAUAUUGCGAGCACAGCUGGAGAUCUCAGAGUCGAUGGAUAUCAGAACAAGGCAAGGUUUACUUAAUGCUCUUGUUGGCAGAGUGGGAAAGCGAAUGGAUCAUCUCUUGAUUCCACUGGAACUGUUGUGUUGUGUUUCAAAAACAGAAUUUUCUGACAAAAAAGCAUUUCUCCGGUGGCAAAAGAGGCAGCUGAAUAUGCUUGAAGAAGGUCUUAUAAAUCAUCCAGUGGUAGGAUUUGGGGAAUCAGGGCGCAAGGCCAAUGAGUUCAGGAAUCUAUUGAAAAAGAUUGAAGAGUCUGAGUCACUUCCACCAUCUGCUGCUGAACUUCAGCGUACAGAAUGUCUAAGAUCUGUAAGGGAAAUUGCGAUGUCACUUGCUGAGAGACCAGCUCGGGGUGAUUUGACUGGAGAAGUAUGCCACUGGGCUGAUGGCUAUCCCCUUAAUGUUAGAUUGUAUGAAAAAAUGCUAUCUAGUGUUUUCGAUAUCUUGGAUGAGGGAAAGCUUACACAGGAGGUGGAGGAAAUUCUUGAAUUCCUAAAGUCAACUUGGCGAACUUUAAGUAUUACAGAGACAAUUCAUGACACAUGUUACGCAUGGGUGUUAUUUCGGCAGUUCAUUAUUACAGGGGAACAGAAACUCCUGCAAUUUCUUAUUCAUCACUUGAGGAGAAUACCCCUGAAGGAACAACGUGGUCCACAGGAAAGGUUACACUUGAAAAGUCUCUGUUGCUCAGUUGAAAGUGAAGAUGCUUGGCAAAAUUUCACAUUUUUCAAGUCUUUCUUAUUUCCUAUUCAAAAAUGGGCUGAUAAAAAGCUUGCCGACUAUCAUCUGCAUUUUUCAGAGGGACCAUCUAUGAUGUCAGAGAUAGUAACAGUGGGAAUGCUCACUCGAAGGAUCUUACUUGAGGAAAACGAACAACAGGUGACGGAUUCGAUGGAUCAAGACCAGAUUGAGAUAUACAUUUCUAAUUCUAUUAAAAAUGCUUUUGCAAGAAUCACACAUGCUACGGAUGUUAAGUCAGAUACAGGGCCUGAACAUGUUUUGGCAUCUCUGGCAGAGGAGACAAAGAGACUUUUAAAGAAAGAUUCAAACAUGUUUGCACCGAUAUUAUCACAAUGGCAUCCAAAGGCAGCAGUUUUUUCUGCAUCCUUACUUCAUAAAUUUUAUGGCAAUAAGUUGAGACCAUUUCUUGAUCAUGCGGAGCAUCUUACAGAGGAUGUUGUAUCUGUUUUCCCGGUAGCUGAUAGUCUUGAGCAGUAUGUGAUGUCAGUAAUUGCUUCUGCAUUAGGAGAGGAUGGAUUGGAUGAUUAUUGCAGGAAAAGAUUAGCUCUGUAUCAGGUUGAGAAAAUAUCUGGUACUUUAGUAUUGCGCUGGGUAAACUCACAGCUCGACAGAAUCAUAGGGUGGGUCAAGCGGACUGUUGAACAGGAGGGUUGGGAGCCCAUAUCACCUCAACAGCGGCAUGGAAGUUCCAUUGUUGAAGUCUACAGAAUAAUUGAAGAGACAGUUGAUCAAUUUUUUGCUCUUAAAGUACCAAUGAGUGUUGGAGAACUAAACAGCCUUUGUCGUGGUCUUGAUAAUGCGUUUCAAAUUUAUACACAAGGUGUUACGGAAAAACUAGUUAAUAAAGAGGAUCUGAUACCACCUGAGCCUGUUCUCACACGAUACAGGAAGGAAACUGGAAUUAAGGCUUUUGUAAAAAAAGAAGUAACAGAAAUUAGAUUGAUUGAUGAGAAGAAAUCAUAUCAGAUUAACUCACUUACAACCAUAAAACUCUGUGUACGAUUGAAUACACUACAUUAUGCGAUUACUCAAUUAAAUAAAUUGGAAGACAGCAUUCAAGAGCGGUGGACGAGGAAGAAGCCAGAGAAUUUUAUCAUAAGACGAUCAAUGAAUGAGAAAUCUAUAAGCUUUAAGGUGAACCAGAAGAAUGCAUUUGAUGGAAGUAGAAAAGACAUCAAUGCAGCUAUCGACAGGAUAUGUGAAUUUUCAGGAACAAAAAUCAUUUUUUGGGAUUUGAGGGAGCCAUUUAUUGAAAAUUUAUAUAAGCAUAAUGUUCCUCAGGCCAGGCUGGAGGUACUUAUUGAUGCUUUUGAUGUGGUUUUGAAUCAGCUUUGUGAUGUGAUUGUUGAACCACUCAGGGAUCGCAUUGUCACUGGGCUCCUCCAAGCAUCAUUGGAUGGCUUAUUGCGGGUAAUACUUGAUGGAGGUCCUUCACGUAUUUUCUUAUCUAGUGAUGCUAAGUUUAUUGAAGAUGAUCUUGAAAUCUUAAAGGAAUUUUUCAUAUCUGGUGGAGAUGGGUUGCCUCGAGGGACUGUCGAAAAUCUAGUGGCACGUGUUCGACCUGUAAUAACUUUGCUUAGCUAUGAGACACGUGUUCUGAUCGACGACUUGAAAGAUGUCAGUCAAGGAGGCAGAAGCAAAUUUGGAGCUGAUUCAAAAACUCUUCUAAGGAUUUUAUGUCAUCGAAGUGAUUCUGAGGCCUCUCAGUUCCUGAAAAAGCAGUUCAAAAUUCCCAAGUCAUCCAGUUGAGAGAAUCUUGUGUUUGGAAGUUUUGAAAUUUAGAUCAAUCUAGGAUUUGAUGGAUCCUGAUCUCAUUCUUUUCUCAAUCUGCAUAUUGUAAAAACAAACUGUUAUCUAGUUCUUUGUAUAUUUUCAAAGAAUCGUGAGAAAAAAAUAUGAGCUGAAUACUCUGCAUUGGAGACAUCAUUUCAAUUCUGCUGGGAACAUAAGCUAUUGACACCCAAUGAUCAUAUUAGAUACAAAAUCUUGCAUUAUCAAAGUCCAUGGUGAAUAUGGUGAUAAAAACAGCCAAGGAAAUCAUUAGAUUUGUCUUAGUUUCUGAUUCAAUUUUA